AUGGAUUUCCCAGAAAUUAACAUGAUCAGCGAUUUUGAAGCAGGUGUGAAAUGUCUACAAAACCCUUCUUUAAUUUCUCGGUUCUUUUCACUUUCAGGAGUAACCCAAAUUUACGGUUUCUGGAAAUGGGGCGCUUUAAUUCUUGCAGUUGUAGCCACUUUUAGCAGCCUAAUAAGAAAAAUCAAACUUUUGUUCAUUUACGUUUUUACCCUUAAACCUUCCGCUGAACCUCUCCUUCAAUACCUCGGCGAAGACUUUGAUAUCUCAGACUCCGACGAUGACGACGAUAAAUGCUCAACGCCGCCGUCUUCUGACGAUGAAGACCUCAUCGAUCGGCAAAUUGAUGAAGAUUUUAGAGUUUCUGGCUCGAGUUUCUAUUUUAAGGAGCAAGGUCAAAAUAGUAAUUUGAGACUUCGACGGCAGCGGAAUAGUUUUGAGCGGUUCCCGUGGACGGAUUUUUCUGCCGGAAAAAAUGUCGUGAAACUGUGGGAUCGUUUAGCGUUAGGUUUAGAUUAUGAGUAUGAUGAUUUAUCUAAAAGUGUAGUGUCGUUAUGGGAUUUGAAUGCGGAGCAGAAAAUUAGCGAUAUUUUUAGCGGUUCUUCUCAGGUUCCAGCGGUGGCAACGGCGUCACCAUCGGUGGUUUUGUCAUCGGAGAUGAAAAAUUAUCGUAACGGUGUCGUUUUAGCUGCGUACGAUACGAGGAUGAAGAAUCAGUCACCGGCGAUAUGUGCUGAGUGGAGGAAAGGUUCAGGGAAGGUCGUCGGAGUCAAUGCCGCCGACGCCGGGAAAGUUUACCUGAGAAAUGAAGCUGCCGGAAUUUUGACGGUUGGUGACAUGAGGAACGUUAAGUCACCGUUAGAGAUAACGGAGAGUGACGAUGACACGUGGUGGGACGCGGACGCCGUUACAAUCGAGGAGAAGUUUGACGGUUCAAAUUGA